ACUGGGCCCCCUCGAGCGUUUCCGAAGUGACAGUCAGGUGUUGGUGCGUCACGUCCCCGCGAUAAGAUUACUUCGAUAACUCGUAUAUAAAGCCGCCGCGGGAGGGUCCAGGAUGCCGGGGUGCUGCGUAGCCAUCACGGAGAACAUGCCGCCCAUCUGCGAGAACUGGGACGCGGGGGAGAGGAGGAACUUCCUGGCCUCUGUUCUCUCGGGGAGCCUGUUUGCCCUGGGUUGGUGGUGUGUCAUUGAUGCUGCCGCCCAGUACCCCAGCAAUGCAGACUUCAACCACGCCUACCAUGUGUGCGGAGUUAUUGCCACACUGGCCAUGCUCAUGGUGAACACAGUGAGCAAUGGGCAGGUGCGGGGAGACAUGUACACUGAUGGGUGCAUCGGGCCGUACGGGGCGAGGAUAUGGCUUUUCCUUGGCCUCAUGCUCAGCUUUGGCUCACUCAUAGGUGCUUGCUGGAUCCUCUUUGGAGGCUAUGUGAUUCCUGUUGAUGUCAAGGCCCAGUGGCCGGGAGUUGCUAUAUUCCUGCAAAACGUGUUCAUCUUCUUCAGCUCCAUCGUUUACAAGAUCGGCCGAUCCGAAGAGAACUGGCAAUGAAUUACCUGUCUUGCAGUGAUUAGUUGAGAAUGUGUAUUCUGUUUCAGGAGGACUUUUUAUUUUAAAAAUUCAAAUACAGUAAAUCCUCUUUAAAUCAGACUGUUUGGGGGUAGACCUCAUCCAAAAUAGCCGAAAUUUGCAAACUUGUGUCAUACCCAAGUAAAGCUCUUCCAGAGUUCACCAGUAAUUCUGAUGAAUUCUAGCAUAAAAGUUUAUGAUGCUACAGGGGAAUUUGGAGUUCAGUCUUGUGCAGUGUGGUGGUGAGGGCAGCAGUGUUUGCAAAGUUGUUAACAAAUUAAGUAUGGGGUGUGUCAUGCAUGUCAGGAGAGCUAGUUUUGGGUGAAUAAAUUAAGACUUGCUUCUGGUGCACACAAGUCUAAACAAUCUUUGAAUUUUAGAAUUAAUGUAACCAUUGCCUGUGUGUCAAUACAUUAAAAAAAUAUAAUUGACUAAUGAAUCUCCACAUUCCAGUUGCCCUACACCAAUGAGGGUUCAGGAGAGACAGCACACAAGAGGCUGACAGCCUUUGUUUUGAACUGACGCAGUCCGGCGCGCCAAACACCUAGUUAUAAACCAGAUCUUCCUCCGACUUUAACAUUCAACCAGGCACUGUCCGGACAUGUACCGUAUAUCCCGGAUUUUUAUCAGAUUUACGGAUAUGAGUCUAAACCAGAAUAUAUAAGUCCGAUUUAUGUAAGAUUUACUGUGUAGGGUAUGUGUAUGUGAUCCUACUUACAUUUUCAGGGUAGUAUAUCUAUGUACUCAUUACAUUAUACUUCUUAGUUGUCAAUUAUUUUUAUGGCUUAUUAACUGGAAGCUGCUGUUUCAGUAAUGUACAUUGCACCCACUUGAUAGUUAGUGCCUAGUCAAGAUAAUUUUCUCUGUAGUAGUCUUCCUGAAUCUUUCUGGAGCUGCAUUAUUGUUGUUAAUGUAAUUGUUAUAGAGUACUAUUAGAUAGCAUUUGAUAAAUAUAACCAUUCUAUACCCUUCCAACUAAAGGGAAAAGAAUACAAUACCAUCACAUCAUAUUGACAAGAGCUAUUCACUAUAGUCUGUUCACUUAAGCUAGAUUCAUGGCGCCUACGUAGGUUGGUAAGCUUGCAGCUGAUUGGCUGCUCCGCUCUCCCGCUAACACUCGUGUCGGACCACAUCUUGCAUGCUCGAGUGAGACAUGUUUCUUUAUUAUAUGCCAUAGCUCACCUCAUAUACGAGCUAGCCAGUUUUGGUUGACACCAUCAGACUCAGCAGUGACUGUAGAAUCAAGAUGUAUUGUAAAAACUCGACAAAACAAAUAAGAAAAUGGUAUUACAAUGAGUUGAACCGUGAAGAUGUUAAAAAAAUGUUUAUAACAUGUUUUACUUAUGCUCACUGUUUUCAACAGUUGUUCAUUGACUGCAGAAAUGAGGCCCCGUGUACCAGAGGGGCUUAACCCAAAAACUCAAACUAUAUCAGUAUGAAUUGUUUAAUCAAAAUUAUGUAUUUCUACUGGUAUUUUCAGGUCUCAAAACAAAUUAUGCAUAUUUUCCAAUUUCAUAAAUUUCUUAAAAAUUCAAAAUAUGUACCUAACAGGCUGAAAUUUACACACAGUGCAUAUAUUAUCGUAUAUUUUUAUCUUGUAUAUCUAAAUUAGAAAUAUUGCAAUAUUUUAGGGUUGGCUACAGAAUGGGGUAAAAAAAUUUUUUUUACUUAAAUUUCAUAUAAAUAAAAUUGACUCAAAUUAUGCAUAAAAUGGUAGAUGUAGACUUGGUGAUUAUUUUGAUUUAUGAUAAUAAUGCAUUUUGUACUAUUAUAUACAAAUUUUCAUUACAUAACUUUAACGCGCAAUUACUCAAAACGCGAUUUUACGGGUUACACCCACAGAGUUAUAGACCUAGAGCGCGUGAGCCAGACACUCGGGUGCAGCAACCGGAAGUACCUCGGCUGCCAUUUUUGGGAGCCCAGUCCAGCCAACUCUGCUCCAGCCGGCAAUUUCAAAGUGGAGGUAAGUGGUAGGUGCAUGGUGAUGAUGGUGGUGGUGGUGGUGGUGCUAUAUAGUGGUGGUGGUGGUGGUGCUAUAGUGGUGGUGAUGGUGGUGGUGGUAGGUGGAGGAGUUGGUUGAGAGAGAGAGAGAGAGAGACUGAUGUGACAUGACAUAACUCAGGUUUUAUACUCUCUCUCUCCUCCAACUCCUCCACCCACCACCAUCACCACCACCAUCACCAUCACCACCACUAUAGCACCACCACCACCACCACCAUGUACCGUCACCUCCAACACUACUACCACCACCACCACCACCACCAACACCACCAUCAUCACCAUCAUCCCCACCAUCAUCACCACCACCACCAUCAUCAUCACCACCACCAUCAUCAUCACCACCACCACCAUCACCACCACCACCACCAUCACCACCACCACCACCAUCACCACCACCACCACCACCACCACUAUCACCACUAUCACCACCAUCACCACCACCAUCACCACCACCAUCACCACCACCAUCAUCACCAUCACCACCACCAUCAUCACCAUCACCACCACCACCAUCACCAUCACCACCACCACCACCAUCAAAACCACUACCACAGAGUGAGGGAAAGUGGGCUCCUCAAGAUGGCUGCCGGGCCAGGGUAGCUUGCCUCACCCGCCGCCAACCCCACAACACGGGAGCGCUCGCUCUAGGUAUAUAACUCUGUGGUUACGCCCCUCUGGCACACAGGGCCUCAAAUAUAUUAUUACAUUACGUAGGAAAAUUUCUCGUGAACACGAUAGUGUGAUCAGAAUGCAGUUAAAGCUCUACGUAUUGAAAACACAGAGUUAUUUAUAGUAACAUUUCACUCGCCCCAACCAUCACGGCGUCGAGACACCCUGUUUGAUGAUGUUAAAAAAAAUGAGUGUCACGCACGCCAUGAUGGUUGGGGCGACUGACAUGUUGGUAUAAACAACCCUGUGUUUUCAAUAUGUGGAGCUUCAUCUGCAUUUUGAUCACACUAUCGUGUUCAUGAGAUUUUCCUAUGUCAUGUAAUAAUAUAUUUCUGCAGUUAAUAAACAACUGUUUAAAAUAGUGAGCAUAAUUAAAACAUGUUAUAAACAUUUUUUAACAUCUUCUCAGUUCAACUCAUCGUAAUACCAUUUUCUUUUUUGUUUUGUCGAGUUUUUACAAUACAUCUUGAUUCUACAGUCACUGCUGAGUCUGAUGGUGUCAACCAAAACUGGCUAGCUCAUAUAUGAGUUGAGCUAUGGCAUAUAAUAAAGAAACAUGUCUCACUCGAGCAUGCAAGAUGUGGUCCGACAUGAGUGUUAGCGGGAGAGCGGAGCAGCCAAUCAGCUGCAAGCUUACCAACCUGCCUAGGCACCAGGAAUCUAGCUUAAGCGAACAGACUAUAGUAGCUCAUUGGCAAAUUAUUAUUGUAUAUUGUACAAUUGCCAAAUGAGUGGUCUUAGUCUUCAUAAAUGUGAAUUUAAAGAGCAAUGGUUGUUAGCUUCAUCACGAUGUCAGUUCUACCAGAGUAAAGUCUGCUCUCGUAACAACUUGUUUGACCAACUGUAUCGCAAUUGUCAAAUUUAACUUUUUGAAACCUGGCUUUGACUAAAGUUACACUUUUCAUUGUUCAUUAUCAUUGAGGUUGUAAUGUUUAAAAAUAUAAUGUAAACACCCAGUUACUUACUUUGUAAAUAUUUAAGAUAGCUACCUGUGUGUUUCAGGAAAACCAAGUUGGAAGGGUUAUGCCCUUGUAGUUGUCUUUCAGUUAUGUCAAUAAACAAUCCUUGGUUGCAAUACUGACCUUAAAAUAGUUAUAUAAUAAGAGUGUGGGUGAGAAAGAGGAAUGUGAUAUUUUCUUGCAAAUUACACUGUACAAGAGAGACUGGACUGUAAGUCACAAGAUGGUUGAACAAAUGAGUAUUGUUAUGGUUUCUUGCUUAUAACUAGAGAAACUGAUUUAAAGUUUCUACUGACAUAAGCUGUGUGGGAGAAAUUAUUAAUUUAUAUUAACUAUCCUGUAAGUAAAAUUUAUGUACAUGUAUUUGUAUAUUUUUCAUACCAUUUCAAUGCUGUAAAACUUCCAUUAGUAAAAUAUAAUCACA